AUUGCCACCUCUUCUAGGGUUGUUGUAGUUCUUCUGUACCUUUGAAAGCAGUUUCCAGUUUUUUAGUUGUGUUGUUAGUUGAUAAUCUUGAGGAGGAGACAACAACGGAUCUAUCUCUUUCAAGAGGGUUGGAAGAAAAUAGAUGGAAGAGAUAAACAAUGAUGCUGAGAAACUUGAUGAAGUUAUGCUACCUGGGUUCAGGUUUCAUCCAACUGAUGAGGAGCUUGUAGGGUUUUACCUCAAGAGGAAGAUCCAGCAACGCCCUUUCACUAUUGAGCUCAUCAAACAGCUUGAUAUCUAUAAAUAUGACCCUUGGGAUCUUCCAAAGUUGGCGACCACGGGAGAGAAAGAGUGGUAUUUCUAUUGUCCCAGGGAUAGAAAAUACAGAAACAGUGCAAGGCCAAAUAGGGUAACUGGAGCUGGGUUCUGGAAAGCUACUGGGACUGAUAGGCCAAUCUACUCCUCAGAAGGUUCCAAGUGCAUUGGGCUGAAGAAAUCUCUGGUUUUUUACAAGGGUAGAGCUGCCAAAGGAGUUAAAACUGAUUGGAUGAUGCAUGAGUUCAGGCUACCUUCUCUCACAGAUUCACUGUCCCCAAAGUAUAUAGACAAGAACAUUCCUGCUAAUGAAUCAUGGGCUAUUUGCAGGAUAUUCAAGAAAACCAAUGCUACAGCUCAAAGAGCUUUAUCUCAGUCUUGGGUUUCUUCCCUUCCUGAAACAAGAACCUCUGAUCAUAUCCAAACCAAAGAUCAAAACAGCAUGCAGUUUUGUUCAGACAUAUCGUUUACAAAGAAAACUACCUUAGCCAGUCAUUACUUUACUAACAAUUACAAUGACGCACAACCUUUGACUCCUAAUAGUAGUACCACACUUUGUCCCUUAGAUGUUGCCUCAUACAAAUCCAUCAUAAACCCAUUGCUUUACAAAGCAUUUGAUCAUUUUCCCAUUUCAAAUGGAGACCUGAGCACGAGCUUUCUGUUCUCAUCUCCUUUUGACACGUCAUCAGAUGGUAAUACUAAUGCUAAAUCUACCAUGGACGUUUCUUCCAUGUUGUUGAACAUGUCAUCCUCCGUGGUUGGAGAUUUCAACAAGACUUCAGAGGAUAAUACAAAUGCAAAUACAAGCUUUGGUGGGUUGCAAGAGCAUGGCGCCUACCCAAUACCAUUUCUACGUGAGAUGCAAAGCACAUUUGGUGAACAACAAUAUGAUAAUAUUCAUGCAUUGGUAAAGGGUCCUAAUGUGAAUAUGCCUCGUGUUGAUGACCAAGAAUUGGAAACCGUACGAUCCAUUGGGUUUCCAUUCAAUAUUGGCGAUGCAUGGAAGUCAAAUCUGCUUUGGGAUACUUCCUCUUUUCCUUGUGAUCUGUCAUCUACUUAUUCCAUAACUAAGUGCUAUACUUAGUGCAUUAUUUUAGACAAAUUAGAAGCAUUUUUUUUCCCUUCUAGUCGGUAGUAACUACUGGGUCUGACUUUUUUUAGCUUAGAUUUCUGUUCAAUUUACAUUAGC